GUUGCCCAGCCGUCCUUUUGGAAAUCCAUGGUCCCCAAGCCGCUGCGCCGUUUCGACGCGCCCAAGAAGCCCAAGUCCAAAGAGUGGAAUCCGGCGACCUUCUUCAUCGUCAUAUUCCUACUGAUCGGCUCCAUGUCCAUACAGAUGAUCGUGCUGAGAAAAGACUUCGGCGCCUUUACGCGCCGGUCCGACGUCCGCAUUGCCCAGCUUAGAGACGUGGUCGAGAGGUUACAAAAGGGCGAGGCCGUCGACGUGGAGAAGGCGCUGGGCACGGGCGAUCCCGAGAAGGAGUCGGAGUGGGAGGAAGUGCUGCAAGAACUUGCGCGCGAACAAUCUUCACUAAAGCCCAAGAGGCGGGGACGCCAGCUAGACGCCAGCCAACCCCCGAACCCCAAUAGAUCUACGUCCGCCUCUCCGGAAUCCGAGCCCGCACAG